UACGGGUGACGUGAUGCGGAGAGUGUGGCUCGGCGGAAGAGAGAGCUGCGGUGGGCCGGGUGCUGAUCUGACAAGAUCAAAGCAGCUGGAGAAUGGACAGUGAGGUACAGAGAGAUGGAAGGAUCUUGGAUUUGAUUGAUGAUGCUUGGCGAGAAGAUAAGCUGCCCUAUGAGGAUGUUGCAAUACCUCUGAAUGAACUUCCCGAACCUGAACAAGACAAUGGUGGCACCACAGAGUCUGUUAAAGAACAAGAAAUGAAGUGGACAGACUUAGCCUUACAAUACCUCCAUGAGAAUGUUCCCCCCAUUGGAAACUGACACCCAGCUCCUUCUUCAUGGACAAUUUUUUUUUUUUUUAAUACCUAGGUACAAAAAUUUUUUUUUAAGUUUUCUAA